AUGGGUGGGAAGGUUCCCAAGCUUAAGAGCAAGGUUGCCGGCCAGAACGCUACUAACGCCACUUCUCCCCUACUCUCCCCCCCACUGUCUGCAACUUCAAGCGACUCAGACUCGGUCUCGUCGCGUGGGGAUUUCGAUCCGGUCGACAUGGAGUUGGAUCUGAACGGGGGUGCUGGUUUGUCAGACGUCACCACGCCGCCCGCCACACCUCGUCUCAAGGCCACUUCUGUGUCUGCUGGAGAUUUUCUCUUCGAAAGGCACACCGCACACAGGCUUCCCGUCUCUUUCGAGGAGUCUUUUUCGAACCGCCUUGCGCAUCAGUUCAAGGCGCACGACCAACGAUUCGAACAAAUGUGUGCCAAGCUCGACAACAAAGUGUCUCACGACAGAGUGUACAUCUUUGUCGACGGCUCCAACAUCAGCACCAGCUUCUACCAGGACCUCAAGAAGAAGUUUGGAAUGCGCCACAAUGAGCCGCUCCCCGGUUGCCUUGACAUCGUCAGACUGCAUGAGAUAUUGCAGCGAGAGAGGCAUGUCAUGGCCUCCCACAUCGUUGGCUCUAAGGCUCCCGGCAAGACUGAGGCUCAGUACUUCUUUGAUGCCGAGGAGAUCGGCUACCAGAAGACCAUUCUUCCUCGAAUCCCCAAAGAUGGCAAGAAGCUGUUCUCGAACACGUCUGAUUCUGACGACAUAUAUUCGAGACGCCGUGAGCCCAUGCAGGAGCAUCAGGUUGAUGAAAACCUUCAGCACCUGAUGAUCAACUGCGCCGUCGACAACAUUAACAACAAAGGUGUCAUCAUUCUCGUCACUGGGGACGGCAACUCGAAUGAGUCAGGUACUUCUGACGGCUUCCCCGCUCACGUUGUACGUUGCCUAUCGUUGGGUUGGGCUGUUGAAGUGUACUCUUUCAAGUCGGCGUGCUCCGAGGUCUGGACCCAGCCGGAGCUUCUCAGCAACAAAGAGUGGGCUGGCCGCGUCUCGGUCCACUAUCUGGACAGCUAUUUGCACGACUUAUGCAAGCCUUCUUUCGAGAAGCAACUGUCGGAGGUUGCUGCAAAGCAUGCCACUCGGGCCUCUUGUCGCCCUACACCCAUGACUCUGAAGCGGAUGACGCCGAUCGCUGAGGAUAAGGUCACCUCCCCUCAUUUUCACGCCGCUCACCUUGACAACGACUGGAGGACUCCUUCCCCCAAAAAGGCAAAGUUCACCGGUCCAGCGAUGUCGGUGACUGCUACCAAGUCGCACACCACGUCCGAUUACCAAACGCUUUUGCAGACUGCCAGCACCUUUGGCGCCAGCAAGACCACCUUUGCCUCCACAAACGGUUUUGUGGGCGGUUGCUUCGGCUCGUUCCAACAGCACUCAGCCAUCUCUGGUGCCAAGGUGUAA